AUGACGGGCGGCGGCAGCGGCGACGGCGACGGGACGUCGAAUCUGAUCCAUCGCCUCGCCAUCGAGGAUCCGGUGCCGUGGUACAAGAAGCCGAAUCUGCGGUCCAUGUAUCUGCUGCUCUUCCCCUGCGUCAUCGGCAUCGAGAUGACCUCGGGCUUUGACUCGCAGAUCAUCAACUCGGCGCAGCUGCUGCCCGCCUGGAAAGAGUACUUUGGACAUCCGAGCGGCGCCUACAGCGGCAUCCUCGCGGCUGCGCUCCCGCUCGGCUCCGUCAUCGGGCUCCCGCUGAUCCCGCUCAUCAACGACACGUUCGGGCGGCGGUGGUGCAUCAUGUUCGGCUCCGUCGUCAUGAUCGUCGGCACCUUCAUCCAGGGCUUCUCCACCAACGGCCCCAUGUACAUCGUGGCGCGGGGCAUCAUCGGGUUCGGGCUGCCGUACGCCAUCGUGGCCGGGUCGUGCCUGAUCGGCGAGCUGGGGUACCCCAAGGAGCGGCCGAUCCUGACGUCGCUGUUCAACGCGUGCUACUUCAUCGGGGCCAUCAUCGCGGCGGGCACGGCGUUCGGCACGCAGCAGAUCCAGAGCGACUGGUCGUGGCGGAUCCCGUCGCUGCUGCAGAUGGCGCCGUCGCUGCUGCAGGUCUUCUUCGUCAUGUUCCUGCCCGAGUCGCCGCGCUUCCUCGUCAGCAAGGACCGGCUCGAGGAGGCCGAGCGGGUGCUGGUCAAGUACCACGCCGAGGGCAACGCCGACUCGGCGUUCGUCAAGGCCGAGAUGGUGGAGAUCAAGACGACGCUGCAGAUCGAGAUGGAGCACUCGAAGCGGUCGUGGCUGGACCUCGUGCGCACGUCCGGCAUGCGCCGCCGCCUGCUGAUCGGCUCGCUGCUCGGCCUGUUCACCCAGCUGUCCGGCAACGUGGUCAUCUCGUACUUCCUCGGCGACGUGCUCAAGCUGAUCGGCUACACGGACCCGGCCUUCCAGACCAAGUACAACCUGGGCAACCAGUGCUGGUCGCUCGUGUGCGGCGUCAGCGCCGCCCUCGUCGUCAUGCGCUUCCGCCGCCGCACCAUGUACCUGACCGGCAUCCUGUCCAUCCUGGCCGUCUACAUCGGCUGGACCACCUGUACGGCUCUCUUCAUCGACGACCAGAACCAGGUCGCGGCCAAGCUGUCGCUGUUCUGGAUCUACGCCUACAGCCCCACGUACAACCUCUGCUUCAACGCGUUGACCUACACCUACCUCAUCGAGGUCUUCCCGUAUGCCCAGCGUGCCCGCGGCAUCUCCAUCUUUCAGUUCUGGGGCAAGGCGGCGCAGUUCUUCGGCAUCUACGUCAACCCGAUUGGCACCCAAGCCAUCGGCUGGAAGUACCUGCUGGUCUACUGCUGCUGGAUAUUCGUCGAGGCCCUCCUGAUCUGGUUCCUGUGGCCCGAGACAUCCGGCCGCUCGCUCGAGGAGCUCGCCUUCCUCUUCGAGCCCGAGGACUACUCCCGGCACACCGAGAAGGCGGUCACCGACGCGGUGCUGCACAUCGACGACGAGAAGAUGGGCGCGACGGUCGAGGCAACGGACCGGGUGUAG